GCCACCUGCACAGUUACCCGGUCUCGCCUCUGCAGUAAAGUCGCGACAAAGCCCCAAUCAGCGCUGACGCUGGACGUAAACUGCUACGCUGUGACGUCAGAACAAAGAUGGCUGCGGCCCGAAGGCUUUCCCUCCUAAGUUUUUGCGCCUAGUUCGUGUCAGGUUCAGGGUCAGACUCUGCCUUUCUCCAGCUAUGUUUUCUCUCCGAGGUUGUGGUCUCUGUGUCGCGGCUUCCCUCAGCAAAAAGCGCCUUCCGUUGGCCCGGUUGAUCGGCGACAGCGCGGCGCCCGUGGCUGCGAACUUUGAUGUGGUAGUCAUUGGCGGAGGACAUGCCGGGACCGAGGCAGCCGCCGCUGCUGCUCGGUGCGGCUCCCGGACUCUGCUACUCACCCACCGCGUGGACACGAUCGGUCAGAUGUCCUGUAAUCCUUCCUUUGGUGGCAUUGGCAAGGGGCAUUUAAUGAGGGAAGUUGAUGCCUUGGAUGGCCUGUGUUCUCGAAUCUGUGACCAAUCUGGUGUACAUUACAAAGUAUUAAACCGGCGUAAGGGACCGGCUGUUUGGGGUCUAAGAGCUCAAAUUGAUAGGAAACUCUAUAAGCAGAACAUGCAGAAAGAAAUCCUAAAUACACCGCUGCUUACUGUUCAGGAGGGAGCUGUAGAAGACCUUAUUCUUACAGAACCAGAGCCUGAGCACACUGGGAAAUGCCGUGUCAGUGGUGUGGUUUUAGCAGGUGGAAGCACAGUACAUGCAGAGAGUGUGGUUCUGACUACCGGGACGUUCCUGAGAGGCGUGAUUGUAAUUGGACUGGAGACACAUCCGGCAGGGCGUUUAGGGGAUCAGCCUUCCAUUGGGUUGGCUCAGACUCUGGAGAAGUUGGGGUUUGUGGUGGGAAGAUUGAAGACUGGGACUCCACCCCGAAUUGCCAAAGAGUCGGUUAAUUUCAGCAUUCUAAACAAGCAGACACCAGAUAAUCCAUCCAUACCAUUCAGUUUUAUCAAUGAGACAGUGUGGAUUAAGCCAGAAGAUCAGCUGCCAUGUUACUUGACUCACACCAACCCUAGAGUGGAUGAGAUUGUCCUUGAGAACCUUCACCUUAAUAGUCACAUUAAGGAAACUACAAGAGGACCCAGAUACUGUCCAUCCAUUGAAUCAAAGGUUUUGCGUUUUCCAAACCGUCUACAUCAGGUUUGGCUGGAACCUGAAGGAAUGGAUUCUGACCUCAUCUACCCCCAAGGGUUAUCUGUGACACUACCAGCUGAAUUACAAGAGAAAAUGAUCACAUGCAUCAAAGGCUUGGAGAAAGCUAAAAUGAUUCAGCCAGGCUAUGGUGUUCAGUAUGAUUACUUAGACCCCCGUCAGAUCACUCCUUCUCUUGAGACUCAUUUGGUGCAACGGCUGUUCUUUGCUGGCCAGAUAAAUGGCACUACUGGUUAUGAGGAAGCUGCAGCUCAAGGUGUGAUAGCUGGAAUCAAUGCAAGUCUUCGGGUCAAACGCAAGCCUCCUUUUGUCGUCAGCCGAACAGAAGGCUACAUAGGAGUCUUGAUUGAUGACCUCACCACACUGGGCACCAACGAACCCUACCGCAUGUUUACAAGCCGAGCAGAGUUCCGUCUGUCACUGCGCCCUGAUAAUGCCGACAGCCGACUCACGUUCCGAGGGUAUAAGGAAGUUGGCUGUGUGUCCCAACAACGAUAUGAAAGAGCUUCUUGGAUGAAGUCUUCUUUGGAAGAAGGCAUUUCUGUGCUAAAAUCCAUUGAGUUUUCAAGUUCUAAAUGGAAAAAAUUAAUUCCAGAGGCUUCUAUAAGUAUUGGUAAAAGUCUGCCUCUCAGAGCUCUAGAUGUUCUGAAGUACGAAGAAGUUGACAUGAAGUUGUUAGCCAAGGCUAUUCCAGAGCCCUUGAAGAAGUACAUUGAAUGUAGAGAGCUAGCUGAAAGACUGAAAAUAGAAGCCACUUAUGAAUCAGUGUUGUUCUAUCAGCAACAACAAAUAAACGAAGUUCAGCAAGAUGAAGCACUCCAACUGCCAAAAGACCUAGAUUAUUUAACCCUCAGAGAUGUGUCUUUGUCUUAUGAAGUUCGAGAGAAGCUACAUUUCAGUCGCCCAGAAACGAUUGGGGCUGCUAGUCGUAUACCUGGAGUGACACCUGCUGCCAUCAUCAAUCUGCUUCGAUUUGUGAAGACCACUCAGCAAAGACAGAUGGCUAUGAAUGCAUUGCCCAAAACUGAUCAGUCCUUAUGUGAUACAGAAAGCCUUGAAGAGAGACAGUUAUAGCUUUAUAUUCAUAGAAGACUUUUAAGUAGUACAAGAGUAUAGAUAGGGUAUAAGUAUUUAUAUUUAGCACCUAUUAAAAUAAUAAAAUAAACUUACUAGAUUAUUACGAUUUGUCACUAAUUUAUGAAGAGGGCAGAGAUUAUAACCGUGCUUUUUUAUGUAUCUGGAAAAAGUUAUAAAGUUUUCAUUUAUACUUUCUCUUAGGUGCUCUAAUACAGUGAGCCUAUUAAUAUAACUGCAGUGUUCAUCAGGGAGAUAAUAGUGGACCCACAACUAAACCUGAAGAAAAAUCUCAGCUUGCAGAUUUGCCUACUUAUAAGGACCUUGUCCAUUAAAUGUUACCAAAGUGAAAGUCUUUUUUUUUUUUUAAAGAUUUUAUUUAUUUAUCUGACAGAGAGACACAGCGAGAGGGAACACAAGCAGGGGGAGUGGGAGAGGGAGAAGCAGGCUUCCCGCAGAGCAGGGAGCCCGACAUGGGGCUUGAUCCCAGGACCCUGGGAUCAUGACCUGAGCCGAAGGCAGAUGCUUAACAACUGAGCCACCCAGGUGCCUCCAAAGUGAAAGUCUUAUGUUCAAACCUGUUUUGAAAGUUAGUAGUCUUUUGCUUGGUUAAUGAGGCAAUUUCAAAGCCCUCAAAUCCUUAGGGCUACAAAUUUUAAACUAUAGAAAAUCACGUAGAAUCAUUAGGCUGAUUUCCAGCAUUGGAAUAUAAUAUGUAGGGUGAAAGUUAACUUUUGAGAUUCCUAUACUUCUGCAGGAAAUCCUCACCAGUCAUUUUUUUUUCUCACCAGUAAUUAUCUUUGAACAUUAAUGAAAACCCUGUAAAAUAGAAAGGUUGGAAAUGAUAUUUUCCUAUGAUCCACAAUAUAGAAAAUUUUUUGGCAACCUAGUUAAGGGAGAAUAAAGGUAAAUUUUGUAUCAUACAAUAUUUUCUUGCAAAACUGUUAUGGCCAUGAUUUCUAAACAAUAAAGACAAAUCCAUAGUAACUGGUGACUAGUGUUUCCCUGUUUUUAAGUCAGAAGUGACAAAAAAAACUGAAAUGCUGCUGGCUCUCUCUUCCUCUUCAGUACUUCGAUUCUAUGUUGUCAUGAAGUUUAGGGUGGGGUGACCACCUGGGUCCUUUGGCUGACUGGUUCACCUUAACCUUUCUGUAUAGACUAGAGGAUGAAUACAGACAAGUGGGCCAGAGAGCCUUCCUUGUUCCUGGAAAUGCCAACUCGGAUCUCUGGUAUCAUUAAGGAGCAGUUCCCAUAUCAGCUUCAGGCCAAAGCAGAUACUUAAGACCAUACCAAGGGCCCUGAAGUCACUCUGGGAACAGAUCUAUGUGUUAAGCCUGAUUAUGGGUCAGAGGCAGCCAAAAAGCUCAUUGCUAUAAUCAGAUAUGGCUACUUGGAUGUAGCUCAGUUUUCAUGGAUUUGUUUCAUCUAAUUUUAGUCUUUCCAUUAAAGUAGUAUCAGUAGCAAGUGAAAAGUAUUUGUAAUGCUGGAUCAUUUAGCAAUGAUGAAUUCUUUUUGAUACUUGAUUUAGUAAUUUCAAAAAGUAACUUUUACUUUAGUUAUGGCUGUUCCUAGACAGAAUUCUUACUACAGAGGCAAUAUUGGUUACAUACUAUAGUACAUUUUUAAAAGGCCAUUUUGCACUACCUGUUUAGCACCAGAAGGGAAAUCAGUGUUUUAAAACUUUUUUCUGGUUAGGGGACACCUGGGUGGCUCAGUCGGUUAAGUGUCUGCCUAGCAUCCUGGGAUCGAGUCCUACAUCAGGCUUUUUGCUCAGGGAGCCUGCUUCUCCUGUCUGCUGCUCACCCUGCUUGUGCUCUCUCUCUGACAAAUAAAUAAAUAAAAUAAAAUAAAAUAAAACUUUUUCUGGUUAAACACAAGAGUAAAAGCAGUGGUGCUUUUGGGGUGCUUAAUGAUUGAAAUUUAUCUUGAGGAAUUAUAAAGUUUUUAAAUGCUUUGGAAAGUUCUUGAUGGCUGUAAUUUGGGCCUAGUUGACAGUAUACAUAUUAAGAAAUUUAAGUUUUAUAAUGUGAUUCCAGUAUAAUAGUAACUGACUCACUAAAAAAUGAUGGAAAACAUUUGUUUUAGGUUCUGCCUUUUGGUUUAGGAUCUUUAAAUCUAUAAUUUAAAAUGUGUUAAACUUUUACAAAAUUACCUUGCUUAAAAAGAGUGUUCCAAAACAGCUUGCUUACCUUUUCAUGCUGCUGGCCAGAAUGCUAUAGACCAUCAUGCUCUAGGGAAAAAUCAGUUAAAAAUGUACUUCAUAGAAAUCUCCCCCAAUGGGGUGCCUGGGUGGCUCAGUCAGUUAAGUGUCUAUCUUCAGCUCAGGUCAUGAUCUCAGGGUUCUGGGAUCGAGCCCUGCGUCAGGCUCCCUGCUGAAUAGGGAGUCUGCUUCUCCCUCUCGCUCUAUCCCUCCCCACCAACCCUGCUUGUGCUCUAAAAAAAAAUCUCCCCCAACAAUGACAAUAGUCAGCCUCCAACAGAAGUUGGCCACACUUGUGAUUUCCUCUACCCACCACAGACCACACUGCCUGGCAGUUAGAAAAGCCCAGGUACUAAAGUUCAUUUCAGGGCGCCUGGGUGGCUCAGAUGGUUAGGCGUCUGCCUUCGGCUCGGGUCAUGAUCCCAGGGUCUUGGGAUCGAGUCCCGCAUCGGGCUCCCUGCUCCUUGGGAGCCUGCUUCU